GAUGGGAAAUCCAACAUACGCGUUCCAAUUUAUUUGUGUCAACAUCCCCAGCCAACCGUCAAUUUGAACCUUUUCUUUAUUUAGUGUGUUUUGUAGAGUUUUCUUUUUCUUUUAAUAACCACAAGACGGUCUUGCCGACGAGUAAAUGGUGUUUCUUGUCUUCAAAUGAAUUCCACAAGAGCUGAAGUUCAGGGGAGGCAAGCCCCCGCACAGAGUCUCUUUGCAGGAAAACCAACAACCCCCAGCCACCCGAUAAUAACGGAGACCGAGGAAGAUAUGACCCUUGCGCCGAAGGAGCUGGCUAACCUCCUGGGCAUCAUCUCCGAGGAUGCCUGCAGCAACACCUUCGAGAGCCUCUCCACCGCCUUCCACCACUUCUUCGGGAAGGCAGAACAUUUCCGGGUGGGUUCGGUGCUGGUGAUGUUGCUCCAGCAGCCGGACCUGCUGCCCAGUUCUGCCCAGCGGCUCACGGCGCUCUACCUGCUGUGGGAGAUGUACCGGACCGAACCGCUGGCCGCCAACCCCUUCGCAGCCGUCUUCGCCCACCUCCUCAACCCCUCCACGGCAGCGGACGAGCCAGAGAAGCCGCUCUCAGGUUUCCUGCCGCCCAUCACGCUGCCUGAGAAGUACUUCCUGUCGCAGCUGAUGCUGGCUCCGCCCCGAGAGCUCUUCAAGAAGACGCCGCGGCAGGUCAGCGCCAUGGAGAUAGGCCCCGCCCCCCAACACAUCGACAUCAGCGGACUGCAGCUCGCACUCGCAGAGCGCCAGUCGGAGCUGCCCACUCAGAGCAAAGCCAGUUUUCCCAGCAUCCUCAGCGACCCGGAUCCUGAUUCGUCCAACUCCGGAUUCGACAGCUCAAUAGCCAAUCAGAUCACAGAGUCUCUGGCCACGGGACCACGCCCCCCUCUGGAGAGCCACUUCCGUCCGGAGUUCAUCCGGCCGCCGCCCCCGCUGCACGUGUGUGAGGACGAGCUGGUGUGGCUGAGCCCGUGCGUGUGUGUGUGUGAGCCGGAGCACGUGGUCCAAUGGGAUCGCUCCAUGUGUGUGAAGAACGGAACCGGACUGGAGAUCAAACGCAUCAUGGCCAAGGCAUUCAAGAGCCCCCUGUCAGCAGCACAGCAGACACAGGUAACACACAAGUUAUUGGCAGAGCUGGAGCGGGAUCCUAAGCUGGUCUACCACAUCGGUUUGAGUCCCGCGAAGCUUCCCGACCUGGUGGAGAACAACCCUCUGGUCGCCAUAGAGAUGCUGCUCAAGCUGAUGCCGUCCAAUCAGAUCACAGAAUACUUCUCGGUCCUGGUCAACAUGGACAUGUCACUACACUCCAUGGAGGUCGUCAACAGGUUGACCACGGCUGUAGAUCUUCCUCCAGAGUUUAUUCAUCUCUACAUCUCCAACUGCAUCUCCACAUGCGAACAGAUCAAAGACAAAUACAUGCAGAAUCGCUUGGUGCGUCUGGUGUGUGUGUUCCUGCAGUCUCUGAUCCGUAAUAAGAUCAUUAAUGUUCAGGAUCUGUUCAUCGAGGUCCAGGCCUUCUGCAUCGAGUUCAGCCGCAUACGCGAAGCCGCCGGACUCUUCCGCUUACUCAAGACCUUAGACAGCACAGACACACCCACAGAGGGAAAACCAGCCAAAUAACACGCAUGCACACACACAUGCGCGCACAUACACACACACAGUGCGCUGGACUGUUCUGUUACUGAAGACUUUGGACAGCACAGACACACCUACAGAGAGACAGAGGGACCACACACACACACACACA